CUGGCUUGCAAUCAACCUGGGUUCAUACUCCGAGUACACAACCUAUUCGGAUCUCAAAGACUUCAACAUCUCAGGGGUGGCAGUUCUAGACUCCCUCUCACCAAACCAGAAAGCUGAAUUGAUACUGGACCCAAGCACUGGCGCUCUGGAGAAUGAGACUCUUGUGAAGAACGUUUUCAUCAGCUUGCUGGAAUCUCCAAGGGAAGAGCAGCUCAAUGAGUUCUUUGUGACUUUUGUUGAAGUCACCAAGCAGGAAAACAUCACUAUCAUCACAAACACAGCCGUAAGAGACACAAUGCUAGACCUGACCUUGAUGGCUCUUGCUCCCAAAUUCGACGUUUUUGAGCCAAAAGACUUCCAGCUGUGGUUCCAAGUCAAUCUGGUUGUUCUGCUGGCCAGCUUCCAUCCUGGCAGAUUGGUUGAUAUCCCCCUAAACAUCACCUGUGAAUCCUACAAUGCCAUAUUUACGGGUCUCGACCAAAGUUUGGAAUCUCUUCCGCCUCACCUCUCACAGGGUGUAAAGGCAAGCUUGGAUGCACUGAUGAAGACAUUCCAACGUUGCUCAAGGCCUCCAGCUUUAAUUGUGUGCAAAGAAACAUUGGUCAAUGAGAAACAACUUUGUGCUGGAUUUAACAGCACACAACUGAAGCAACAAAUGUCGAUUGGGAAUUCCAAUGAAUCCCUUUGCAAUUUCAACAUCUCUGAAUAUGCCUGUUCCUCAACAACCAUUCUGUCAGCGGACAACUUGGUGACGAUCCUGAAAUGCCAAUUGUCCAGCAAAAAGACUUACUCAACAGAAAUGUGGAAGCUGUUCUUCCAAAACAAUGCUGCAAUUCUGGACCAGGCUCUUCUGGAUUACUCCAGCAUGAACCCCAACACCAGCAGUCCAGCUAUGCCAAAUGUCCUUGAUGCCAUUGGAGAUGUCAAACUCAACAACUUCAUGAAUGCACAGCUGAACAACGCCAGCUUCGUUAACAAGUUGUUCCAGAAGAUGCUCCGUCCAUUCUUGGCAUCUCCAUCUAGGAAUUUCCUCUCCUGUCUCAGCUCAAAGAACUUCAGUUGUCAGACCUACCAAAUUGUGUAUGUAAAGCCAUGA